AUGGCUCGUGGAAUUUCUGCACCUUCUAACUCUGAUUCAGAUUCUCCUUACAAUAUUCAUCCUAGUGAUGGACCUAGUUCUUUGGUUAUCACUCCCAAACUCAAUGUUCCUGACAUUGAUGAUCUUAAUCGUCAAGCUUGGGAACGUUGUAACCAUCUGUUUCACUCUUGGAUUGUAAAUUUUGUUACUGAAUCCAUUGCUCAAACUAUUGUCUUUCAUGACACUGCUUUAUUUGCUUGGGAUGAUCUGAAGGAUCGUUUCUCAAAAGUUGAUUGUGUUCGUAUUCUUUCUCUGAGAUCCACCAUCAAUAAUCUCAAGCAAGGUACUAAAUUUGUACUUGAUUACUUCAUUGAGCUUCGUACUCUAUGGGAUGAAUUGAAUUCACAUAGACCAAUUCCAAAUUACACUUGUGUUCAUCCCUGUAGAUGUGAAUCUAUAUGCCUUGCUAAGUACUAUAGAACUGAAGAUCAGAUUCUUCAGUUUCUCACUGGUUUGAAUGAUACAUUUUCUGUUGUGAAAACUCAAAUCCUUCUUAUGGAUCCUUUACCCCCUAUCAAUAAGGUUUACUCUUUGGUUGUUCAAGAAGAAAGUCAGAAUGUUGUGUUUUCCAAACCUCCUAUUAUUGUUGAUUCUAGCAUUUCUGUAAAUGCUUCUGAUGCAAGGAAGUUUCAUCCUCAUGGUAAAGGUGCCCCUAGUAAUUGA